AAAUCAAAUCAUGUUAUACCCUCAACGUUUUAGCGAUUUGCAAAUUUUAAUAAUAUUUUGGAAUAUUAUUAAUCAUCUAACUUUUCUGAUUAAUGCUAAUGAUUUAUACAUAAAUGGAAUCAUUGUAAGUCAGUUUAAAAUUGGCUAUCAAUAUAUGUAUAAAUGGAGAAUUAUUCAUCAAAUGGAUAAUUCCUAUAAACUCAUUAAUGAAACUAUUAGAAAUAAUAAAAUAAAUAAUCAAAGUUAUGUUAUAGAAGGAUUAGCAAAGAUUAUCACUGGACCAAAUUGUGAUAUGCGAUUAUCUCUUCAACAAGUAGAAGAAAUUGGAGAAGUUCAAACAACUGGAGAUUUAACUUAUCAUGAAAAAUAUCCAAUAAAAUUUUGUCUCAAUAAUGGCAAACUUUUAUCAUUUGAAUAUUUAUGGGAAGAUGAAAUAUCUUCUGUUAGAAUAAAAAAAGCCUUAUUACUUCAAUUGCAAAUGUCUUCACAAACAUAUGGACAACAAUUUUAUACUGUUGAAAUAGAUCACUUGGGCUCAUGUCAAACAGAAUAUAUUCCUAAAACUAUCAAUUCGCAUUCAGUGACUAUGAUCAAGAAACGAAAUUCAAUGUUUUGUGAUGAUGGAUAUCAACCAUUCUUUAUAACAGAUAAUUCAAAACUAAAUGAUCAACAUUUCAUAAUAAAUAAUCGACCUUUAUAUUUACAAAGUGAUUUAAUAUGUGAAUUGACACAUAAACUAAAUGGACCAAUAAUAAAUGUCAACUGUCAAGAAACUUCAAUUACUCAACAACAAUGGUUUCCAUUAUUUUCUAUAAACACCUUAACUCUUAAUGUAAAUAUGCAAAUAAAUUUUACUGAAGAAACUGAAUAUAAUGGUGAAUUUAUAAAAUUUGAUGGAAUAUCUGAAACGGAUUUUGAAGUACCCGAUAAAAAUCACACAUUAUUGGUUAAUAAUUUACUUAUAGAAAAUAAUAUCACAAAUCAUAAUUAUAUUAAUAUGAUAAUGAACACACCUGAGAAAUUCAGUUAUUUUAUUGAACAAUUAAAGUGUUUAACAUAUGAACAAUGGAAAAUAGUAUACAAUUCAUGGGAAGAAAGUAUUCAAACGAGAGAAAUUAGAAAUUUUCUUGAAAAUGUUAUGUUGGAGGUUCAAACUGAAUCAUCGAUAAUCUUUAUCAUAAAUCAUUUUAUUGUUAACGCAAAAAAUGAAUAUAAACAACUUAAAUGGAUUAACUAUCUUAGUAUAGUAAAGAAACCAACCAUUGAGUUUAUGAAAGAGAUCAAGAGCUUGUUAACAGAUGAUUUAUACAAUCAUACAGUUUAUUAUGUCAGUUCAAGUAUAAAGCGUUUUUGUGAAAAUCAUCCAUCAUGUAUGAAAUCUCAAAUAAUCAAAGAAAUGGUAGACAUUAUUGAAAAUGCAGUUGAUUUAGAAGACAACAUAAAGCUAUUUAAAGAGGAGGAAAAAAUAAUGUUUGAUCAUGUUACAUGUUGA